AUGAAUAUUGAAUUACUUUCUACAUUUCAACAGAAUUAUCCCGAAGAAUUCGAUGGCACACUUGAUUGUGCAUCGAUGGCUGUUUGUUGUGCUUUUAAUAAAGUUGGUUCAAUGUUGGCAGUCGGUUGUUCCGAUGGUCGACUUGUAAUAUGGGAUUUCUUAACACGUGGUAUAGCGAAAAUAAUCUGUGCAGAUUGGUCACCAAUAUAUUGUAUAUCAUGGUCAAAAAAAUCUGAUUUAAUAGCAACAUCAUCAACAGAUAAUACUGUUUGUAUAUGGAAUACAUCAACAGGCCGUUGUCGUACACGUAUAUCAUGUAUACAAUCACCUAUACUUAAAGUACAAUUUCAUCCACGAAAAUCAUCUUAUUUACUUAUAUGUCCAAUGAAACAUCCACCGAUAUUAAUUGAUAAUAAUGGUAAAAAUACAAUUGUUACAAUUGAUGAUGAACCAAAUGAUAUUAUAUCGACAUUUGAUAGAAAAGGUGAACAUAUUAUACUAGGUAAUAGUCGAGGUUUAAUGGUUGUUAAAACAUUUCCGGAUUUAAAAACUAUUUCAUCAUUUCGAAUAACAACUGGAACAAAUACAAAUACUGUAUUAAGACAUAUUGAAAUUCCUCGUCGUGGUCAAUAUUGUCUAGUAAAUACAAGUGAUCGUGUAAUUCGUAUUUAUAAUUACAGUGAAAUGUUAUCAUGUGGUAUUGGUCGUGAUCUUGAACCGAAACAAAAAUUACAAGAUCUUGUUAAUAAAUCAUUAUGGCGUAAAUGUUGUUGGUCAGGUGAUGGUGAAUAUAUUUGUGGUGCUUCAUCUCGACAACAUUCUUUAUAUAUUUGGGAAACAGUAUCGGGUAAUUUAGUUAAAAUUUUACAUGGUACGAAAGGAGAAACAUUAGCUGAUGUUUGUUGGCAUCCUGUACGUCCAAUAAUAGCAAGUAUAUCAACUGGUGUUGUAUCAAUAUGGUCACAUUCACAAGUUGAAAAUUGGUCAGCAUUUGCACCUGAUUUUCGUGAACUUGAAGAAAAUGUUGAAUAUCAUGAACGUGAAUCUGAAUUUGAUAUAAAAGAUGAAGAUCGCAGUUUAGAUGGCUUAGAUUAUAAUGGUUCAAUAAAUAAACGACAACGUUUAGAUACAAAUGGAAGUUUAAAUAAUGAAGAUGGUGAUGAUAAUAUUGAAAUUGAUGUUGUUACUGAUCAACGUAUUGAAGCAUUAGUAUCAAGUGAUGAUGAUGAUAUUAAUGAUCAACUUGUUUAUUUACCUGUUGCACCUGAUAUUGAAGAUCCUGAAAUUGAUUUUCCAAUACCAGUAACAAAUAUACCAAAAGCACGUACAGCAAGUCCAUCAUUACAGACGCGAGUUGAUGCUGAUGAGACAUUUGAUAUUCAAUUAAAAAUUCCGCUUGUUAGUGAUGUUCAUCCAUAUUAUGGUGGAACAAAACAACCACGAUCAACAGUAAAUACAUUAGUAAAUUCUCAAGAUUCUGUAAAUAAUAAACGUGAUAUUAAAAGUCGUCGUAAAGGACAUCACCAUCAUCAUCAUCAUCAUUCUUCUCAUCAUUCUCAUCAUUCCCAUCAUCAACAUCCAAUUCAACAUCAAAACUCUCUUAUACAUCCAAGUCAAAUUGAUCAACAGACUAUUUUACUACCAAAAUCUAUUGAUGCAGCUGUAGCAACUGUAACAAAUAAUCAAAAACGACCAUUAUUAACACAAACAUCAGAAAUUAAAGGACAACGAGCACGUUCAGCUCGUCUUGAAGGAAAAAAAGCAGCCGCAACAUCACCAAUUAUCCUCAAUACACAAACAUCCACAAUACUAACAACAAAUACAGAAGAAAUAAUUAGUACAGCACGUACUAAACGUAAUAGUCAUAAUACACAUUCAACUGAUAAUGACGCUGAUUUUGUACCACAUUAA